CUGUUUUGCAUUUUACAUAAAAGAUCUGUGUAAUGUCAAAUGUUGAAACUUACACUUGUUUUGUUUUUUUCUUGUUUUGCUUUUUUUUAAAGAAUGUUGCAUAAUCAAAAUCCUUAAAAAGGACAUUAAUGCAGCAAGGCUGAGUUUCAUGCUUUGCUUACUAAAUAUGAGAGUACUGAUAUUGUCUCUUUAUUUUAAGUGUCAGAUCUUUUAAGGUGUUGAACAAAAAUGUGUGCGUUGAAGUACCUAGUCGUCAUGUGAUUGCUGUGUUUAGAGCUUUUACAACAUACUUGUCUUGCAGUGAAGCGGGGAAGCAUCCAGGAUUUGAGAGAAAAAGUAAUGGCUAAAAUGUCCAAAAUUGCAAAAGCACAACUUGGUCUGAGCCUAUUCCCUUAUGAAAGGGCCAGAAAGGGGGAAAUCAUCAUCCAUGGAAUUCCCCCUUCCUUAAUGCCCUUGCAGCCACCUGGAAAGCUGGCCACAAAGGAGCUUCAAAAAAUCCUUGACUGUGAAGUCACUGUCACCAGAGCACCAUCAUUACCAGCACCAGUACAUUCACAUGGAACUCGAAUAGCAAAUGCAGAAAAUGAAGCACCAGAGAACACAUUACAACAAACACAACUUAUACAUGAAUCAUCAAACAUAUGCAAAUAA